CUUGAUCGUCUUUGAAAGGUACAUGAUUGGUUUACUACAAAUUGACAUAAAGGUCUGAUGUCACAGAAUUUGUGAAGAGCAACUUCCUAGAUGAUAAGUUCAGAGUGGCGGCACCCGAGCACCUCGGAGAUGCCUGAUGAAAAAGAAAAGAAUUGUACCAAAGGUUUGAACAAACUUUGGUACAGUGAUGCUAAAUAUGGUCAAUUUUGGCAACACUACAACACCAUGAUCAUGACAGCUCACCAUGAUGCUAUUGUGAAAGCAAGAUAUGUUGCAGCUCAUACCAAGGCUGCACUCUCUAAUCUACAGAGCUCAAUGUAUCUACAUGCAAACAAUUCUCAAGAUAGGCAUUCAGAGAAUUUUUCAGUUAAAAAACACUGUUCUUCCUCGUGUUCGACCAGAAACUCAGCUGAGAUUGCAAGAGCCAACAGAAACAGGCAGAAGAGGAAAAGGAAAAUGAGGAAUAGGAGACUAAGGGAAUUAGCCAGUAACAAUAAUCAAGGAGGUCUGAGUGACACAGAGCUGUUGCACUCUCAGAUGAGUCAAGGGAUGCACAUUGAAGAUGCUGAUGAGGAGGGCAUGGAGGUAACUGACGACUUCUUGAAAUUUCUUGAGCAAAGCGAGAAGCACCGAGAGCAGUGGAAAGUUAAGAAGAAAAAACUAAAAUGUAUCAGUGGUUCAAUUUCCCCUUCAGAAGAGCCAUUGGGUGAUGGAGGUUCCAGGGAACAUCCUGAUACAAUAAGGAGUCGUGAGAUGCAGCAGUUAUAUGGGCAGGCGUCUGCACGAAUACACGCCAUGGAAACUGCACUCCAGCUUUCCUUUGACCGCUUCUCCACCUUACACCAGCCUCAGUACUGGCCAAACAUACCCAUCAAUGUUAUUUUUAGCUAGAAAGCAUUACAAUAUCAUCUGUAUUACACAUAAUGAAUGCAGGGAGGUAUUCAAACUAUAGAUAUUUAUGAAUAGUAUAAAUCACACAUGACCUCAGACCUCAAAAAAAUCUAAUUUGGAGAUUUUUCUGGUUAAAAUUUGACAUUUUUAUUCUCUUUUGGAAAACAGAGAUUAUCUCAUAUUAAAAACUUGGAAGAUAUUCUCUCAUAUUUUAAAUUUAUUUUAAAGUUUCCAGAUGUAAUAAGAUUUUUGCUCAUUUUCAAGUGUUCUUGUUUAUUGUCAUUCUAAACUAAAAGUUUCAGAACUCAUAGUCUUAUUUAGAAAAACAGAAAUUAGAAAGGUUUAUCCUAAUUAACACAUAUAGAAGUUUAUUCAUCAUUCUGAGCACAAUUUUUUUUCAGACUUUGGGAACAUUUUGAAUAAUAAAAUUCAAAAUAAGAAAUAUUACCAGUAACAUUUUGACAGUUUUGUGUAUACAGUACAUAUUAUAUAUAUUUUCAUGAUUUAAAAUAGAGCUAA